GCAGGCAUUGUAGACAACUUGCGAGCCUUCCAAAGUCAGCACAAGAUGAAGAAGGCUGCUCUGCACAUCAUUGCUGGACAGCUGAGUGAGGAGAAAAUUAAGGUGCUGAGGCAAACCUUUGAGGCCUUGGAUGCCAACGGCGAUGGCCUGCUGACCUCCCAAGAGCUCAAGGAUGGAAUGGCCAAAGCCAACCUGGAGCAUGCUGGAUUGGACCUGGAUGCCUUGAUGGAAGGCAUUGAUGCCGACGGCAGCGGUUUGAUCGACUACACAGAAUUUCUUGCAGCAACUCUUGACAAGAAAUGUUACUUGCAAGAGGAUGUUUGCUAUACAGCUUUUAGUGUUUUUGACCAGGAUGGUGAUGGACACAUCACUUUGGAGGAGCUGAAGAAGAUCCUGGAAAAUGGCAGUGUCGACCAGGCCUUACAUGGGAGGAGCUCCGAGGAAAUCCUCAAGGCAGUGGACACCAAUGGCGAUGGCUCGAUCGAUUUUGAGGAGUUCAUGGCCAUGAUGCGGGGCGACAAUGCCGAGGCUGAGACGCGUGCGUCUUUCUGA